AUGGCUGAGACAGCACACCCCAACCACAGCUCCGAAGAAUGGCUCAACGAGAAGCUUCCGGUGGAAGUCCAAAAGCGGAUCUCCGACUACCUCGAACUGCGUGACAAGCUCGCUCUUCGUACAGUGUUUCCGAAAACGCAGCACGAGUUCGUCGACAACGCACUGAUGGACACCGUCAACACACUCUAUGUCUCUCCAAGCAAGAAUUCUCUCGACAACUUCAAACUCGUCUGCAGCACCAAGUACUACCAACAGCGUGUCACUCACGUGGUCUUCGUACCAAAAGCCAUUGGAGACGAGGACUUCCGCGAAAUCAAGUCCUUCAAGAAGUACCGCGAGCAGGUGCCAGCACUGAGUAUUGAAGAUGCGCGACACAGCUUUUGCAUCUACCGAGAUCUUGUCACGAGCGGCAAGAGGUCAGUCUCUCUCGCCAUGUACGAUCAGGGUCCGACGAAGUCUGUGGUUGAGCUCCUCCGCGAUGGCAUGAAGAAGCUUCCAAAGCUUGCAGCUGCCUCUGUCGCUACCGCCAUCACUCAUGAUGGUAUCAACGCCAACCCUCUCUGGUACAGCGAGGAGUUUGGUCGGAGUAAGGAAGCACUGGGUCAUUAUGUCGUCGAACAGGACACAGCAAGUCGAGCUGCAGUCAGCGCACUUGGCUCGUCUUCAGAUGAUGGUAUCGACUCCUUCUUCGAGGCGCUCGGCUCUGCCAAGCUCAAGCUUGAGAGCUUGACGCUUGGUGAGGGCAUGGCCAGACAACUGUACUCCGAGAUCCAAAUCUGCACUGGCUUCGACGACGACUGUCUGAAGUCGAUCUUCUCCAAAGUCAAGAAGCUAUCCGUCGCCUACAAAGACCUAAAUGAGCAUGAUUUCAGCUACAUGUGGCAGCAUAUCGCUGAGAUCGCCGUCAACCUCAGAGAGCUUACGCUCUACAACGGCGCCGCCAUCUACGACUCUUUCUGGCGUACCCCUGGCGAUGGUGUUCCAGUUCUUGAUCACUUUCUCCAUUUCGGUCAGUUCCCGAAGCUCGAGAAGUUGCACGUCCAGGGCGACCACAUCAAGCCGGGCAUACUCAAUUCGGAGCAUUUCAAGCACUUCCUGAACAAGCACCGAGACAUUCGAUCCAUCGUCGUUCAAGAUAUGCUGUUUUCUGGAUACGCUGGAGACAUCUGCGCGGACAUGAAAUCAGUGUUCGAGCACGCUCGAAGCAAGAUGAGCAAGGACGCCACCUUCAGCAUGAAGGUUCAUCGACGAGACGAGCAUGCCGAUGGAGGGCUCUGCACCUUUGACGGCCGAAGCGACUGUGACGGAACCUGUGAGAUGUAUCUUGUCCAUGGUCGCACUUGGAUGGAGCGAUCAGAGCUCGAAGGUCUAGCACAUGAGCUGAAGGUGGAGCUGGUCGACGGCAGUUGGGACUUUGGCGCCUAUGUUAUGCGUGCAUAA